UUCACUGCCAUCACAGCGACCUCAGGUCUGACGUCUCCUCUCUCAAGGGACUCAUCUGCGACCGAGCCACCACCCGAAUGGCUGACGACAGUACUCAGAGCUUCAAGGCAGUUGACCUGGCUGUUCAGCUGUCCCCAGCUCUAAAAACCAAGCCACAUGUGGUUGACUUCGGGACUGUCUUCACUGACCACAUGCUGACUGUCGAGUGGAGCGUGACUGAGGGCUGGCAAGCCCCGUUCAUCAGGCCGUUCACAAAUCUUUCCCUCCACCCAGCCUGUUCCUCACUACAUUAUGGCAUUCAGCUGUUUGAAGGCUUCAAGGUAUACCGCGGAGAUGACAGCCGACUGCGUCUCUUCCGACCGAUGCUCAACAUGAGCCGCAUGGCUGACUCUGCCAAGAGAGCUUGUCUGCCUGCCUUUGAUCAGACAGAGUUGCUGGAGUGUAUCAGGAGAUUGGUAGAGAUUGACCAGGACUGGGUUCCUCAAUCAGACUCAGCAAGUCUGUACAUAAGGCCAACAUUUAUUAGCACUGAGCCUUCUCUGGGCGUAAAGCGGCCUGGCCGUGCCUUGCUGUAUGUGAUCUUGUGUCAAGCUGGCUCUUAUUUCAACUCUGAGGCAGAUGCCAUCUCCCUGUGGGCUGACCCAAAAUACACACGGGCCUGGAGAGGAGGAACUGGAGACUGCAAGAUGGGAGGGAACUAUGGAUGCUCCCUGUUUGCCCAGUACGAAGCAGAUGAUUACGGGUGUCAGCAGGUGCUCUGGCUGUAUGGACAGGACCACCAGAUAACUGAGGCAGGAACUAUGAAUAUUUUCCUGCACUGGAUCAAUCAGGAUGGAGAGGAGGAGCUUGCAACUCCACCUCUGGAUGGCAUCAUUCUCCCAGGCAUUACUCGACGGAGCAUCCUCGAACUAACCAGGAAAUGGGGUGAGUUUAAAGUGACAGAGCGCUACCUCACCAUGAGCCAGCUAUGCUGUGCUCUCAAACAGCAGCGGGUCAAAGAGAUGUUUGGCAGCGGGACUGCCUGCAUGAUCUGCCCUAUUGGACACAUUGUCUACCUGGGAGAGAACUUGCAUAUCCCCUGUCGAGAUAAGCAGUCAGUGGCAUCACGGCUCACAAAAGAACUCACGGAUAUACAGUACGGACGCACACCUAGUGACUGGACUUUCAUGGUGUAGCAGUGUCGAAGGAGCCUGGACACAGUGAAGCAAUGUAAAGUAUGUGCAAUAUUUGGAAUUUAACUGCAAUAUAAGUGACUCCUUUACUUAGGUUUACACUUAAAUUUAACACAAACACAGAACUGUCCAAAGUAGUUAAUAAAGUAGGAUAACGUCUCAUGCAAUGCUGCACAAUAACUUACAUUAUCCCCGCCAUGAGGACUUGCUCUGUAACUUCUUCCCAGCAUCCCAGCGUUGAUAAGUUUCACAUGACUGCGUAAGAAUUUCAAAGUUGCUACAAAAUGUCUUGAACUCGUGAGGUCUAAAAUAAAAACAUGAACUUAAAAGUCAAUGUCUGUCAAGGAUGCUUAUGUUUUAAACAUAUUAAAGUUGUGUUGGAAGUAAAAUUUUCAUUUUCUGUAUGAUGAACCAGGAAGCU